AAAGUGUGCAAAGGCCACAUCCGGGGAUUUUUGCCUACACUUUAACGGGCGUUUUAGUUUUCUGCUCUCUUUAGAACGCAAGUAUGAACGACUGCGCAGCCUGAUGAUGUAAUUACAUUAGCCUGUUAGCAAGCUAGCUAGGUGUUCUUCAGGCGGUGUCUGUUCAAUAAUAGCUGACGUUUCACUAGUUUUUGGAGGUUAGAGUGUUUAACUUGACUGUUUGAAAAAAAGAUUUGGAGGACAGUUCUACCUAAAUUUGCAAUGGAUGUCGAUGUGAAGAAACUAAAAGUGAACGAGUUGAAGGAGGAGCUGCAGAAGAGGGGAUUAGACACCCGCGGCCUGAAGGCAGACCUGGUGGACAGAUUGAAGGCUUCUUUAGAGAGUGAAGCAGCACAGAAUGCACAGGAAUUCCCACCUGAUAAUGGACAGCAAACUGAAGCAGUUGCAGAAGACAUGUCUCAGCAGGCACAUGAGGAAGAAGAAGACGAAGACGCUCUGAUCAAAGACGAGACAAAAGUCAUCCCUGAUGUAGAUCCAGACAUCGCGGCAGAUGUUCUGAACAGAUCGGAGCAGCCUGAAGUCAAGCGUGAAACAGAGAUGCUUCCUGUCUACACGGAAGACCAAAAUGUACCACAAAGUGAGGUGAAGGAGGAGGAUGACGUAAAGCCAGACCAGCAGCAGGACCCUGAAACUGCCAGUAAGUGGGAAGAAGACCAACACGCUUCACGGUCCACAUCCCACCAGGACAACCAGGCACCCUAUGGACGCAAAAGACACCAUGACGACGCCCAUGGAUAUAAUUAUUACGAGCAUCGAGAGGACAAAAGGUCCCGCUCACCUCAGCCUCCAGCUGAGGAAGAUGAAGAAGACUAUGAUGACACACUGGUGGCCAUUGAUACCUAUAACUGCGACCUGCAUUUCAAAGUCGCCCGAGACCACUACAGUGGCUACCCGCUCACCAUCGAAGGAUUUGCUUACCUGUGGUCCGGCGCACGUGCCACAUACGGCGUGAACAAGGGUCGUGUCUGCUAUGAGAUGAGGAUAACAGAAGAAAUCUCAGUCAAACAUCUUCCCAGCAGUGAGCCUGAUCCACAUGUAGUGAGAGUGGGCUGGUCCCUGGAUUCCUGCAGCACACAGCUCGGAGAAGAGCCCUUCUCUUACGGAUAUGGUGGAACAGGAAAAAAAUCCUUCAACUGCAAAUUCGAAGAUUACGGGCAAAAAUUUGGUGAAAAUGACAUCAUAGGAUGUUAUGUUGACUUUGACACUAGUCCUGAGGUUGAGAUUUUUUUCUCUAAAAAUGGAAAGUGGUUGGAUGUAGCGUUCCGGGUGAGAAAGGAGGAGCUGGCUGGUCGGGCUCUUUUCCCUCAUGUCCUGGUGAAGAACUGCGCUGUGGAGUUUAAUUUUGGUCAGAAGGAGGAGCCUUUCUUUUCUGCACCAGAAGGAUAUGUGUUCAUCCACGAUACUGCGAUGGAGAACAGGAUUAGAGGUACCGUGGCUCCUGCAACCAAGGCAGACUGUGAGAUCUUGAUGAUGGUUGGUCUGCCUGCGUGUGGCAAAACGACUUGGGCAGCCAAGCAUGCUGAACUGAACCCUCAGAAGAAAUACAGCAUACUCGGCACCAACGCCAUUAUGGAGAAGAUGAAGGUGAUGGGUCUGAGGCGUCAGAGGAACUACGCUGGUCGCUGGGAUGUUCUCAUUCAGCAAGCCACGCAGUGUCUGAACCGACUGAUCCAGAUCGCCGCCCGCAAGAAACGCAACUACAUUCUGGACCAGACAAAUGUAUAUGGAUCAGCCCAGAGACGAAAAAUGCGUCCCUUUGAAGGGUUUCAACGCAAGGCUAUUGUAAUUUGUCCCACGGACGAGGACUUAAAAGAGCGAACAUUAAAGCAAACUGAUGUGGAAGGGAAGGAUGUGCCCGAUCAUGCUGUUUUAGAAAUGAAAGCCAACUUUGUGCUGCCGGAGUCUGGAGAUUUCUUGGAUGAGGUGAUCUUUGUUGAGCUACAGAAAGACGAGGCAGAGAAGUUGGUGAAGCAGUACAACGAGGAGGGUCGGCGGGCUGCACCUCCACCUGAAAAACGCUACGACAACCGGCAGAUGGGUUAUCGCGGUCAAAGCAGCAGCUUCCAGCGCUAUGACAACCGUGGAGGUCCGCGAGGAGGCUAUCAGAACCGUGCCAGCUCUGGAGGAGGAUACAGACCAGGUUUUAAACGUGGAGGCUACAACCAGAACGGCUGGGGUGGAAAUUACAGAGACAACAGCUCGAGAGGUGGCUACAACCGUAACCAGAGCUAUGGAGGAAGCUACAACAGCAACCACCAAGGUUCCUAUAAUAAGGACGCCUACAGUCAGAAUUAUGAUCCAUGCAGAGCUACAAUCAAAGCUAUAACCAAGACUACAACCAGAGCAAUUAUAACCAAGGCAGCUACAACCAAGGAAGCUACAACUAUGGUAAUUACAGCCAGUAUCCUGGAUACGGACAAGGCUACAGUGAUAAUCAAACCUCUGGGUACAACCAGCAGCAGAGCUACAACCAGCAGUACCAGCAGUAUGCCCAGCAGUGGCAACAGUACUACCAGAACCAGAGCCAGUGGAACCAGUACUACAGUCAGUAUGGCAACUACUCUGGGCAACAAGGCAACAGCCAGGGCCAGUGAAGUGUUUGUGCGUGUGUGUGUGUGUUUAUCAUCCAGAUCAUCCUUUUAAUUCAUAUAAUGUUUCUUUCACUUACACGCAUUAUCACACACCCUAUUUUUUCAUGACCUUUAUCUUUUUAUAUCCAGUCAUUCUUGCUGUCCUAGCAGCUGCAUUUAGGAUUAAUUUGUAGUUGGUUUCAGAAAUGCUGAUGAUCAGGUCCAGUCAGAGAACCUUCACCUUGUAAUUUAGCUCAUAAUUGCCUUAUAAAUGAAGCAGAAUUCAAAUUAUCAAUACAGUUGAGCAGGUCAAAUUGUAACCUAAAGUGGCAAUAACCUUUACUAAUAAGGGUUAUUAGAAGCAGUCCUGUUUUUUUGGAUCCUCUUAAUCAGCUUAAAAGAUUACCCAAGGUGUAAUUAAAUCACAGAACUCGAGUGCAUUACGGUUUGUGUGCUUAAUGGUAAGCUUACAGUAUUAAUGUGAUGAUGAGUAAAUACUAUAUCAUGCAGCCCUAAUCACUGAGCGACUACUGCCCUCGUUUAAGAAGCGUGCUUUGUGUAAUUAGUUUGGAUUGUACAUUAUGAAUAUAAGAUAAGAUCUUUUAAUUUAUGUUUGGCUAAUCAUGUCAUCACUUUGCAUCAUGCAUUGUUUAUGUUAAUGUAAAUAAAUAUGGAUUAAUGUCAAGGGAAAAAUCCAGCCUGAACGUCCUGCGUAUUGAUCUUUUUUAGAAGCUGGGAGUAAAAUUUGAUCUCAUUUACACUUGAGCUCACUGAAAUUUGUCAAACCAAUAUUUCGUGCAACCACCAGCUUUUCACUGGAACAACACAAAAAAUGUACAGGACCGACCAACAUAUCAGUACAAGAAUCACAAAUCUGUUAAGAUAAACGUACUUCAGGAUGGAGUUUUCCUUUAAGGUAAUGAUGAUGAUUAAGCACAGCUACAUACUCUGUAAAUGAUUACGAUUGAUAACAGCGUGGCUGAAAGCAUGUGGUUUGUGACUUGAUUUUUGUUACUGUAUUUUAGGUUUUUGUUUAAAAUGAUUUUUUUUCCCCUUGUACAGUUCAUUAAAAAAAAUUAGUAAUUGGAACAA